GUUGAAGUAAAAUCUGGCGAGAUUUCAAGUAGUUCCGUUACUGUCCUAUAAUUACAAUCUGCUAAUGAGAUUGAUUGGUUGCAACACUUGGGAUAUUUGACAUAAGAAGGUUGUACCUACAAACCAAACAUAAACUUGCAAACUGCUUGGGGUUAUCCUGUCCUCAAUACAAAUUUAUGGAGAUGGUUGAACAGUCUCCACUUAUAUCUAGUUUAAUGUCAACUCCCAUGAGUUCAAGUCUUGGAUGUGCACGCUUAGAGCUACGAAAUACACAAUGCACACCUGUAGCAGUAUCCGAUGGCAUGAAACUUCUGCGGUAUGCUGUUUCUAUUGGAGAUUCCGAUAGAGUUUAUAAACUAUUGAGAUUUUCACAUAUAUCACCAAUUGACCAUGGUACUGAUAUGCCUGUUAUCUGUAAGGCAGCUGUGAAAGGUUACACGGAUAUUGUUGGUCUCCUUAUCAGACAUGGUGCAUCAGCAAAUGCAAGGUCAACUGAUGGUUCUACACCCUUAAUUUAUGCUGCUGAUGGUGGUCAUCUCACUGUUUUAUCACUGCUGUUAGAUGCAGGAGCGUUAGUCAACACUAUUAAUUGCCAUGGUGAAUGUGCUCUUACCCGUGCUACCCGUCGUGGAUGGGUUCAUUGUGCACGAUUUCUCUUAAGCCAUGGAGCUAAUCCGAAUCCGAUGCCAUCUGAUGGGCAUACUUUUGUGGUAUCACCACUACAUUUAGCUCGCCAAAUGCAUCAAACAGUUAUAGAACAAGAUAUUUUAAAAAGAACAGUUGAGAUUGACAAAGCUGUUGCUGAAAUAGUAGCAACGACUCUACCAAAUCAUUUGACUUUGAUAGAACCAGGACAUUUACCAGAGACAAUGUCUUUGAGUUUGUUUCCUGUUCAAAUCUUCUCUUCAGAAGAGCUUAGUCGUUUUGUUUUGUACUUUAAAACACCUCCUGGGUAUGGCUCACGCAGUGUACAAAUGGGAAAUAAAGAAUCUUCCAGUGGAUCGACACCGUCUGACGAGCUGAUAUUCGUAUAUGUGAUUCGAGCGCAGUUAUCAGACAAUCAUGUCUCUUGCUGGCUCACUGGACCUCCCAUGGAAUCAUUAUCAUUGAGCUUUAAUGGAACGAAAAAACACUGUACUGUGAUUCCCUUGUCUUCUGAGUAUUCUGGUAUUUGCGUAUAUUCAGUAUCUACAGUAAUUAGGAGUGGUGGACUCAAUACUCUCUGCCUAGAGCUACGUACCCAAGACCAAUCAAUUGGUGAAACAGCUCAAAGUGCAUCAUAUGAUUCAGUUGUUCUUGUUGGAGCUUACCGUAUUCGUCUGGAUGUAACCUCUUUAAUAAUGGCCUCAGUGAAUCCAGUUUCCUCAACAGGAACCACUAAAGCAAGCGUGUACAUCCCCAGAUCAGCCAUAUGAUAUUAUUAACUAUGAAAAAUAUGGAUGUUUUUUAACCACUUUUCGGUUCCAUUCUAUUAAACAGAUUAUAAAGUUUUUAAAAUGUACUUGACAGAAAAUAUAACAAGAUAUAAACGACAGUUAUUAUACACAAAUUAUUUUUACAAAAUUCUCAUAUUUACAUGAACGAUAUUCAUAUUGAAUUCAGAAAGAAAAUACUGUACUAAACCGACUGAUAAUCAUGCAAUUUUUACAAACAAGUUAGGUGGUUAUAAUUUCUAGACCAUGAGAUCAUUAUUUGUGAUGUGAUGCAGUAGGUUCUCGAGAAGAAGAGGCUUGUUGUUGUGGAUUUGUCUUAUUCUGACGUUGUCGAACACACAUAACCAGCUGCUCAGCUGUUACAGGAUACAUGAUACUUUCAAUAAUGGCUAGCAUAAAAUAUAAAACAUGGUUACUGUUUAUUAACAUUCUUAAAUAGCCCCAUGCAGUUGUCAAAAGAAUUAUUACCUUUUUAUUGUGUAGCUAUUAGAUGACUGAACUAGACAGCCACCUAUUCUUCGAUAUGAUGCUUAGUCUUACUGUUCGGAGUACGUAUAAUUUAAUUGUGGAGAGCCCGUAAAACUUAGUAUUACCAAGGUACAGUCGUUUGCGUAGAUAUUGGUUUCACUGUCAUCAUUCGUGUAAAAGAAAGUUACGAUUUCUCAGAAACUAACAAUUAGUACUAUAGUGGUCACAUUAGCUGUGAGUACGGCUAAAAAUUCAAGUACAUAUUCAUCUUUGUGUUUCUCAAGUAUUUUUCAUAACUGUUGAAGUGAUUUUGUUGAUCAUUUCUCUUAUUUCGAAAGUCCCGGUGGGUGACAAAAUCACUUU